CAAACACACACACACACGCCAUGGCACCCAUCCCGAUAAUCAUAUGUGGCAAAACGACUGGCGUUGCAAAAGCAGUUUGCGAGGCAAUGAAGCCGGAUUACGAUGUAAUCCACGUCAUGCUUUCAGUUGAAGAGGCGAAAUCAAAUAUCCCGCUGGUCCUCUCUGGUGCCGCGCCUCCACUCAGUAACACCUCGAACCCCGGGUCGCAGCACUAUGGCGAGCGACCCGCAGCCAUUGUGUUUGGCGGUGGCUUCGACGACGCCACGAUCGCCGGGAUCCAGGAUGCAUGUGGAGCACAGGGCGAAAAAGUGCCGUGGUUCCAAACCGAUACUACGCGCCAGGCCGAAAUGCCAGAUCUAAGUGAUAUCGAGGGGUAUGGGAAGGCGACGGCAGCGAGGCUGAAGAAGCGGUUGGAGGAGUUGAAGGUAGGGCGGGAAGGUGCGGUGGAACAGGGCAUGUAUCUCUUUUGAUAUUUGGUAUUUGUAGGAUUGAGAAAAAAGAAAAAAGGAAAAGGAUAUCUCAUUUGCUAAUUCUCGUGCGUUUCAUAAUUAUAAAAUCUC